CCUCCUCUGCUCUCCUUCUCUCGCUCUCUGCUCUCCCAGCCUAUUAGCUCUCCCUGGGGGGCGGGCGUUGCUCCCUGGCCCUGCUGCCGCCUAGUGACCUGGCCUCUCCUCGCCUGUGGGGACAGCUGUUCUCUUCAUUCCAGCCAGAGUGGGAAGGAGGAGGAAGUGACGUUUCGGCUUUGGGGCCAGCUGUGUCCUCCAGCGUGCUUUAGAGCAGUGCAGCCGAGGCCGUGUUUUAACUUCCACGUGUUCCUCCACCUGCUUCUCCAUCGGGCUCCCAGAGCGGAGGGAAGGGUUGUGCCUCACUGGCUGGUUAGUUCAUGCCCUCCAACCCCACUGCCCUGCAUGGCGGACCGACCCUCUUUUUCCCGUCUCAUCGGAUGGUGUACCAGGAAGAGACAGCUGGGUACCAGUUGCUUGGAAACAGCCAUUUAAAAAGAUGCUGCAUCUGUAAAUGCUGGUAUUCCCUUAUUGUCUCGCCCAAAUCGCUGUGAGAAUAUUUUGCAUCCUGUAGCUUGACAGGAAACUCAGAAAUGAACACACCUGAGUGUGCUACUAGACACCUGUGAGCUCUCCGAUCACCUCACGGCUUUGGAAAGACUUGAAGAAGGAAGGUGCCAGAGUAGUGGACUCCAACAACAAGCUUCUUCCCCUGGGCCUUGACCUUCCUGCUCCCGGGCCACGAUGGAGACACUCUCCCAAGAUUCUUUGAUGGAAUGUCAGAUCUGUUUCAAUUAUUACAGCCCCCGGCGAAGGCCCAAGCUGCUGGAUUGCAAACACACCUGCUGCUCGGUGUGCCUUCAGCAGAUGAGGACAAGCCAGAAGGACGUGAGGUGCCCGUGGUGCCGGGGCAUCACCAAGCUGCCCCCGGGCUUCUCCGUGUCCCAGCUCCCCGACGACCCCGAGGUCCUUGCGGUCAUUGCCAUCCCGCACGCCUCUGAGCACACCCCAGUCUUCAUUAAACUUCCCAGCAAUGGGUGCUACAUGCUGCCUCUGCCCAUCUCCAAGGAGCGAGCACUGCUACCUGGAGAUAUGGGCUGCCGCCUGCUGCCCGGGAGCCAGCAGAAGUCUGUCACCGUUGUGACCAUCCCCACCGAGCAGCAGCCUCUGCAAGGUGGGGCUCCCCAGGAGGCAGUGGAGGAGGAGCCAGACAGGAGGGGCGUGGUGAAAAGCUCCACCUGGUCGGGGGUGUGCACUGUGAUCCUGGUGGCCUGUGUCCUGGUCUUCCUUCUUGGCAUCGUGCUCCACAACAUGUCUUGCAUUUCGAAGCGCUUCACUGUGAUAUCCUGUGGCUGAAGAGGGCGGCAGGGAAGUCUCUUGUGGGUGCCAACUAGGGGCCGAGCAGGUGUUGGUGAUGGGAUCGAGGUGAGAAGAUGGGGGCGAUGCUGAUCAUUUGGUGCCGAGCCUGGCCUCUGGGCUGCCACUUGAUUGACCCAAGACAGACAUGAAGGGCAGAACGGGAGGUCUCAACAAGGUACCAGGCGGAUCGCUCUGAGUACUGAUGGCAGCAGCUUCGAAGACGAUUGCAUGCAUCCUCAUAGUCGUUUAUUAAAUGGACUGUAAUUUAUGAUUUUGCAGAAUCAUGUUAUGAGAUAGACAUUAAAGUACUUAGACGUUAAACUGUGCAAGUGCAUACAAUGUGAUCUUCUCUAAAUGUGGUAGAUUAAAACAAAGAUGCUAUGUAUACAAGUAGAAUUAAACCUGAGAAAUCCAUGUAAAAAUUCAGCGACGAUGUGCAGUGCUGGUUUCUCUCUUUUAAAAAAAAAAAAAAAACAAAAAAAAACGAAACCCAUCUUCAUUUAGUUGCUAAGGCUUUUUACACUUUUUGAACAGCACCCAAGUUAAAGUAAGUUAAGCAGACAGUCAUUUUUGAGGAAAAUAUUUGAAUGUUUCCAGUGUGUUGUGCUUUGCCAUGUAUCUUCAUUUUUCUUCCCUUGUAAUUAGAGCUCGAUACAUGUUUAUUAAAUUGAAAGCCCAACACGAGGGCAAUGCACAGAGUGAUAAUGAGAAAUGCCUAAUCCCACAGGAAAACUAUAUGCCAAUUUUUCUCAAGCCAUCUCACAAAAUAAGAAUUUUAAAUGUAAAUAUUGUGUAUUCGUGUGUGUGUGUGCGCGCGCGUGUAAUUUGAUUUACCUCAGGUUUUAAAUUUUCCAGAAGAAUCCUGGUGGUAAGACUUUGUGAGCAUGAAUGAGUUCAGGGUCUGAAAUGGUGGUGACCUCCUGGGCUCUGGGACCCACCCACUAAGAUGUCACAUACUCACCACUUCCAGCACUUGCUCUUCUUCUGCGUAUUCAAGUCCUGUAUUCUGCGAGGCACAAAUGGAGAGUAACAGAAAAGUCUGUCUUUUCUCCCAAUUUUGGGGUAUUGUAAUCGCCAUGAGUAUUGUUAACUGAUGAUAAACCUGGACUGGCAUUUUAAUAGACAGUCUAUGAUUAUUUUUUGAAACAUAUUGUUCCACGAGAGUUAAACCAUUCAGAAAUCCAGUUUCCUCUUGUUGUAUAAGUAAGAAUAUUUCUUGUAUUUUAAAACAUGCUUUUAUUGAGAAAAGUGGCAAGGUAAACCAAUGGCUCACAUUCCCAGUUUAAGUGGACCAGUUCCUCGUAAGUUAUCAAAUAUUCUUAAAUGCGUAAUUGUAGAUGUGCAUGAAGAAAGAUCUGCUAGUAUUAAAUGAUAAAUUCCUAUGCCUGGAUGUGUGUGCAUUCAGAAAUAGCUGCAAGCUUUACAGUUCUUUUCUAAUUUCUUUUAUGGAAUUCAUGAAACAAGUGGUAUGCGACAAGGACUCCACUCAUAAAUAUAUCUGUUUAUGUUCCAUUGAAUCCAUGAAAAUAGGGGAGAGAACGAUAAGCAGUGACUGGUUCCAAAAAGCAAGGCUAGAAAUAACCCUGUAAGAUGGAGAUAAUUUAAUUUACUUAUAUACUAACUAUUACCUUCAAACUCACAAAAUAUGCACAUUAAAGUGAUGGAAAUUAUAUGAGAUAAAAUGACAAUAUAAUGACUAGAAUCCAAAGCUAAUAUUGUUCAUUGGUGUGAGGAUUCAAUAUAAAAAUAUGAACUUGGGUUUUUUAAAUUUUUCAUAAGACCUUUAGGAAAUGUAUUUGAAAGCUCAAACUAGAAAUUAGGUUAAAAUGCCAUUUUAUUGUGUAAACUAUUGGGCAUUGUACAACAAAUCUAGGAUUUAUUCGGUAUUAAUAAUUUAGGUAUCGUAUUAGCUGAAUGCUAUCCUCUAUUUAUGUAACAUAAUAUACUGUUGGGUUAGUGUCAAUUUCUCAAACUCAGCCAGGCUGCCGUAACACAUGUCUGACCUAAUUUCUAUUUCUCUUGGAAGAAAAAAGAAAAACCCCACAGAAAUAUUGCAUUAAGAAUACAUCUCAAAUACAUGCCAUGUUCAAAUUAAAUUUUGUAAAAGAUAUCUAUAUGUGUUCAUGUACAGUAUGAAAUGACUGGCCGUGUAGUAUAUAGUAUGUGAUAGAAUUAUUUGUUAAGUAGGUUAUAUACAGCCACUAAUGUGUGUGACAACACAGCGCCCUGUGUUUCUUUGUGCAAAACCGUAGAGUGAAAAUGUCCACGUAACUUGUACUUAAAAACAAUCCCAUGCUAGAGCUGCAGUUAAGCAGUGCAAAAUUAAUCAGCUCUAUGCUGCACUCAUGACUUUACCAUGUAAGGUCACAAUAAUAACAAAAAUCAGAAUUUUCUGUGUGAGUUUUACUGACAUAAGAAACAUUGUUUAAGUGAAUUCUGCCUGCAGUUCCUUGGGUACUUGCUUGUUAGGGUGUGCAUUCGUGUGUGUGUGUGUGUGUGUGUGUGUGUGUGUGUGUGUGUGUGUGUGGGUGAGAGAGAGAGAGAGAGAGAUUUCUCAUCCUGCCUAAUAGAAUUUUUAUAGACUUAAUGAUGUUUUAAUGUUAUUUGGCAUCCCAUUGCUCUGGCCUUGUCUGGCAUUAACCCAUGACACUAACAACUCAUCUACCCCAUGUGACAGAAGUCCAGUGAUACCAUCGGCCAGAAUUCACAGUUGCACAUCAAUGAAAAAAUCCCAACUGAAAGCACAGAAAGUUAGAGCUGAAAACAACUUCUGAUGGUUUCGUUGUGUAACUGAGUCCUCUGAGGCCCACAGAGAUGCAUGGCAGCUUGUAAUUCAGCAAAAGAGGGGCAAGAACUUGUCAGUGCAGCUUUCUCCUGCUCUUUCCUCGGCCUGUAGACAUCUCCUUCGGGCUAUGACCUGUUUUAGGGUAAUUGAAUACCCUUUACUAACUCAACUAUUGCUUUAAAGUUUUUUGGUUUUUCUUUUCCUUAGUAGAUUUACGUAUUCAUUUUAGUUAGCAUCUACCUCUGGGAAAUGAAAGGAGUGUUGAUUUAGGGAUGAGUAUAGACUUUUAAAGAAAACCAUGUGAUCUGAAUUUUUGAAAUUGCAAGCCAUUGGUUUCCCCCACACCCUGCUGCCCUGAUGUAAAGGACAAUGAGUGUUGUGUAAAUAGUAAACUAUAAGAAGCAUGAAUUUUCAUCUUUAUUAGUGAUCUUGACAUAAGCAAGAGAAUGCUUACUAUGUUAGGUAGAGCCAAAGAUGCUGUCAAAAAGCAUUGUCUUUGGAAAACUUUUGUAUAAUGACCUGGGGCACAAGUUGUGAUGAAAAAGCAAAUCGGUUCUCAGUUCCAGUCAUACUUUAUGAUCAGAAAGCUAUAAGGUAUUUUGUUUAAGAAUAUAAUUAAGUUUAAUCUUGCACAUGACUGAAGAGUGGGUCCCUUGAAGUGAGCUGGUGCAGCCCUUGGGAUCCUCUAGCUUGGCACUUUUCCAUGGAAAUGAUGAUGAGAUGAUGGAAACGUUCUAUAACCAAUGCAGCCCAAUCCAGUAGCCACUGGCCACCUUGGCUAUGGGGCUAGUUCGACUGAGGAAUUGGAUUUUGGAUUUUGUUAUUUAAAGUUAUUUAAAUUUAGUCCCUCACAUGGCUUGUGACUGCCAUAUUGGACCGCACAGUUCUGGAUGGCUGUGUAAUGAGAUGCAGCAUCAAAGUGUUAGGAGUAACAGUAAGGCUAAGAAGAUAGUUUGUGGUUUAGUAACAUGCAGUUGGCUAAAAAAAAAAAAAAAAUCGUUUCUGAGCUUAAAAAGUAUAUGAUCUCAAGUAUGUCAGUAAAAAUUCAUUGAUUGCCCUUUGGGGUUAUUACUUACAUACUUUGGGCCAAGGAAUGAUGAGUGAAGCUUUAGGAGUGCUUUAUGAAGCCCCUUUUCUGGGAUCAUUAGCUGCAUGUGAAUGUGUUGUCCAAACAUCAUAGUUAGAGAGUAGCUGUAAAACGUUUGACUUGCAAGCUAUGCAUGACCUGUACUGUGAAAAUGUGUUUAGGGUCUUGUGGUCUUAGGCCAGAAAAACAAAAAACAAAAAAAACCCAGCCUAGUGAAAUCCCUCUUCACUUCCAACAUCUUACCCAGGCUUCAUUGCUGCAUUAGGAAGAUGUGAAGUAUAAGAGCAAGCAUGCUUUGCGGUGUUCUUAGAGAGUGUUUUGUUUGCCCUUGAAGUCGGUCAGCUUGUCAUUGUAUUUGGUGUGGGCAUCAUUUUUCAUUUGCCAGACUAAAACAUAGGUACAAUUUUCAGGGUGAGAUCUGACAUUGUUUUAGUCUUGUUUGGCUUUUUCAAAUUUUCAUUACCACUGAAAGAAUUAAAGAUUUGUAGCCUGGCACAAAGGCACUUUUUUUUUUUAACAUUAAAAAAUGUUGCCCAUGGAAUUUAAAGACUUGAGGGUUGUUAAACUUUCUAAAAUUGCUCUAUAAGUGAGUAAAGGUUAACUGAAAAUUUAGUUUGAGAACAUAUAUAUAUCAGACUCUUCCUGGUAGUACAGUAUUUAUUCCAGCCUAGAUUUUGAUUUAAAGGGUUGCCAUAGCUUUAUCUGAAAACCCAUGUGGUGUCAAAAUUGGUUAGUCUGCUUUUCAUUGUUUCUAAAUGUAACAUAAGCCAAAUACAUUUGCUUCAAUUUAGCAGAAUUUACUUGAUUUUUUCCCCCCUAGAACUCAUGAAUGGGUAUUGACUGUUCUUUUUAGCUUGUCUUAAAAAAAAUUUUUUUGCCAAAGUAGUAGUUUUUCUUUAGACUUAAAAGGAAGUUAGAAGUCCAAAGUUGAUUAGUAUGAGAGGAAUGCUAUGCAAAAGGUUUGAAUUUCUAUCUUCUCUGAGAAAAAUGAUGCUGCUAACCAGUCAGCAUUUUGUUUCCACACAAGAUGUGUCAUCAGUCAGUUGAUCUGUCAUCCGUGACCUAGAAGAAAGAAGCUGUUCCUUAUCAUUUCCGUCAUUCUCAGUAAAAUAUCACUCACAAAAUAAUCCUUACCAAAACAAACUCCAAAGAAGAAUGAGAUAGUAAAGAUAAUUCCAUAACUGUUUUGAAAAUAGUCUGUUUCAAAAGGGAUGGUCAGUUGCUGAAUUUUGUUAAACAUUUAAGAAACACUUCUUAAAAAUAAGUGGAAAUUCAAGCCAUUCAUAUUUCUAUAUAUAUAAUUUAGCACUAAGAGGAGUUAAAAAUCAAGUAAAGAUGUUGUUACACAUGUUUUCCAUUGUGUGGGUUAUAUAAUGUUGAAUUUAGAAAUUACUAUCUUAACAAAUUCUAUAGGCUGCAUACAUUAUGUCAAGCCAACCAUUUUGGGGAAUGUCCAUAUAACAAAACUCUUGAGACUUUUCAAAUGUACAAAGAGGUAGGUUUGGCAUACAUUUUAUUGGAAGGCCAUUGGUUGAAGAACAUAAGCAGGUGGGGCAUUUAAUUUCCAUCUUUGAAAUGGAUUAUUGUUUGACUCUGCUUGAGUGGUCAUGGUAGAUCACUGUUAUUCCUACACUCGUACAAUAUGGCUCUGAUUUUUCUGCACAAGUUUCCUUGCACAGUCAGGCCAAUGAUUUUUUCUUUUCAGGAUUCACUGCCUGGGGUAUCCCACUAUGUAUAUUUCACUUAUGAUGUAGUGGUGCUUGAAAACACUCAUCUCGUUAGCUAGACUUUAUUCUUCUAGUCUAAAGUUUUUGAUACUAUUCAUGUUAUGACCUUUUUAGGGACAAUCAGUAAUAUUUGUGGCAAUGUACUGAGGGGUCUCUUGAAGUCUGCAACAGCAUGCAUUUUUUUUGUUUUUUUUCUGGGGGGUGUUCUCUUGUAGCUGUUCCUAUUCUUCUAGACCUGCUCUAAAUUUAUCACCUAGUAGCCCAUGUGAAAGUCUUCUGUGAUGUCCCUGAGGUUAGAGAUAUUGGGCUGUUCUAACAAGAGUUUUCCAAAGGUAUGCUCAGUUUUUAAUUUGACAUUUGCUACUUGAGAAUCCAGAAAUAGAAGGUUGGAUGGGAUGGUGGUGGAGGAGCUUGGGCUAUAAGAGUAAGGGAAUAGAUGAGGCAAAUGCCCCUUAAAGGGGAACAAGUUGACAUCUAUGUCAUCUCUAUUUAAAUAAUGGGAGGAUGGAGUAGCUGGUAUCUUACACUGUGUUUCAGAAAAUUCCUGUUUGGGUUUUCCUGGCUGAGGAACAGCCCAACUAUUAAGUAGAUCCUGUGUGGGAGAGAUGACCUUGGGUCAAUAGCAACAGAUGGGUGGAUCUGCCCAGAGAGUGAGAAAAUACUCCCAUAAAAGGGAAGGAAAUCUGUCAUGGGAUUAUAGCUCCAAAACAAAUUGUAUAGGAGCUGAAGAAAGAAGCACAGGACAACUGGGAAUAAGUUGGCCAAGCGUAAUUUGUCAUUCCAGUAUGGCCUACCGAAUUCAAUUCAAGAUGUUUUAAUUGAAGACAUACAGGGAAUGUACUCGGCUGAUGAGAGGGUCCCACAAAGCCCCAUUGGGUUGUCAGCACACUAGGCAAUUUCAGCGCCUGCUCUAGAGUUGAUUGCUGAGUCAUUACAAACUCGAAUAACAUCCUCUUAACCAUGGAAUGCAUGCUUGGGCCUACGGGUGUAUCUUGAUUUCAGUAGGUUAAUACUAUGGGGAAGACUCUUUCAAGAAUAUUCCAUUUCUAUCCUGGCUGUUGUCAUUUAUUAUAGUUUUUCUUCCACCACUUGCUCCUGUUUGCCUCACUUGAUGGUUGCAGCUGGGGAGGCUGGUUUCAGCUUGGGGUGUUACAAACUCCCAACAUAAGCCAUGCAGCUGCUACAGUGGGGUUCCUACCAUUCUUUAGGGUUCCAUUGGUGGGUUCCCUGGCCCUCUUGAUAACUGAUACUCCAGUCAAAUGGCUAGAUUUAUGCUGCUCAGAGGCUGUUAAGUCCUUGAUGUGUUUCAUUUACAAUUAUGUGGAUUAUUUAUUUUAGGAGCUUUUCUUUUAAAGGGCCAAAUUGCCCUACAGAUAAGUGAGCUGCUGGGCUGUAUAAAAAAUAUUGUCCAAAUGUUGCCAAAUAUUGACUUCAUAAGGGGGAUAUCCAGCUGCUGUUCAUAAAUCUGAAUGUCUUAAAAGCAUUCCUGCUUGCUCUCUCUGUUGUAGAUGGUGUCUUAGCAAGUCCUGAGUUUUUCCAAUGAACCCAAUUUUAAUAUAUGGUAUUUUUGUAUGCCAAACUGGUGUCUUGUCCUUUGUAUAUGUGGUAAUGUUGAUUUUAUGACUACUGUUAAAACACAUUUGCUAUGAUUAAAAUUCAUAAAAUGAUUUCAAAUAGA